AUGUUCAAGUUCAACUGUUACGUAGUUCUAGUGUUGCUGUUCACUAAAAGCAAUAAUGGUAAAGAAAUGACGGAUAUAGAAGCGUUGGCGUCACUACCUACGCGAUGUACCUAUGAGUACGCCUACGAAAUGUAUGGCGCCCACUGCGCUGGAUUGCGACUAUCAAAGAUACCGAGUCUGAGAGGAGGAAUUGAGAUUCUCGACUUCAGCGACAAUAAGUUACAGGAAUUACACGCGGACACUUUCUCAUCAUACACAAGUAUAAAAUACUUGUACCUGGCCGAGAACCAAAUCUAUUCAAUAGAUAAAGACGCGUUCACUUAUUUAACAUAUCUACAAACUCUCGAUCUAUCUAAAAAUGUUAUAUUGGAACUAUCAGAUUCGAUAUUCCAAUUGCCUUCGUUAAGAAAGUUAUAUCUCAACGGAAAUCCACUGUUGCAUUUGAGCUUAAACGGAAUGGAAAUAAGUAAGCCUAUCAAAGCACCGUUGGAACUGCUGGAUUUAUCAGAUUGUAAAAUUAAAACUUUGCCAGAUUUCGGAGUCCUUCCCCAAUUGCUUCUUUAUAAUAUUUCCCAUAAUCCUCUCAUUUCGUUCGAUCCAAGCCCAUUUAGCACUAUGUGCAAGCUAGCAAAGGUAGACGUAACGGAGUCUUUGGACAAAAUAAGAGUUUGCGACAUGAAGUUAACAAUAAUGUGGUUCCAAGAAAAAAGAGUUUAUUCCAGUUGGGUGAUUACACCAGACUUAAUUCUAGAGAUUCAAAGCAUACAGACAUCGCGAAAAACAUGGCUGACCAUAGGGGGCGGUCUUGCCGGCUUCCUUGUGGGAUUUGUUCUCCUCUUGUACAUUAUGCACCGUCAUAAUGUUGCACAGACAAAGAAAACAACCAAAGAAGUAAAAAAAGUACCGCCGACUGAAAAUUCAACAGCUACAGAAGUGCUUCUCAAUGAUGUUGCUUAG